AUGGAAAAGUCGCACAGUAAAGCCCGGUUUUUCCUGCUCUUAGUUCUUCUGGGUAUUUUCCAAGGAGACUCCAUGCCCCUGGAGGAUAUGAAAUCCCAGGAAAUUAUUGACCUGACAGAUCUGGGCGAUACCUUGUUCCGCAAUCCGGAUGUGGAAACCACAGGAGCAUUGGUCGAGGCUCACAAUGAGGAUUCGCUACAGAACCCCGAAGAACUUGGUACUUAUUACGAGGGCGAUAUAUUGAUACCACUAAGUUAUAGAAAUGAGCGAUCUAAUGGAACCCGUAAUGGCAUUCUGGCGCUUAGUUUCCGCUGGCCGGGUGGCGUUGUGCCUUACGAAAUCAAAGGUCCUUUUACCACCCAGGAAUUGGAAAACAUCAAUCACGCCUUUAACGAAUACCACAAAAGAACUUGCGUACGUUUUAAGCCCAGGACCACAGAAAAGGAUUACAUCUCGAUUGGAAGUGGCAAGUCUGGUUGUUGGAGCAGCAUUGGACGUCUAGGUGGCCGCCAGGAGGUGAAUCUGCAGUCGCCCAACUGCCUGCGAACAUAUGGAACACCGAUCCACGAACUGAUGCACGCCUUGGGCUUCUUCCACGAACAGAAUCGCCACGAGCGGGAUUCCUAUGUUCGAGUGAUGAGUAACAACAUUAAGCCCGAGAUGAUGCCCAACUUCGAGAAGUCCAGCCCAAAAGUCCAAUCCGGAUUCGGUGUGGAGUACGACUAUGGCAGUGUGAUGCACUACUCGGCCACCAGCUUCACCCGGAACGGUCAGCCCACGCUGAAGGCUCUGCGCGCCACUUCCGAAGCCAGCCAAAUGGGUCAGAGACGCGGCUUCUCCGCCGGAGAUGUGCGCAAAAUCAACGCCAUGUACAAGUGCAAGAAUCGUGCACAUGAUUCCUAGAUCCAGGUCAAUUUGAAGCGAACUAUUGCUGUAAACAUAAG